AUGCUCGUUAGGAGCCUCCGGAAGCAAUCGCAGCAAUUGCUGCUGAACGGAGCUCCUGGCCUUGUGUGGCCUUUGAAGCCAGAGGAGUCCAAGAAGAGGCCAGAGACUAGCUCCGGCGAUUCUCUCUAUGCUGGCAUGCCUGCGCCAGAUCCUGAAAAGGAGAAGGUGAAUACACGCGCCAAGGACAUCUUUGCUGAUCCACCAGCCAAAGAGGAUUUGUCCUUGGUGAUUUUUCUUGACAUAGAUGGUGUUCUUCGAAAGUUGGAGAGCAUCCCUACCAUCACAGUGAAUGGAGGCACCUUACCUCUUGACCUGGGCAAUCGUGCGCUUUUGCCGGAAGCCCUGCGGGCGCUGAAGUACUUGGUGCACAUCACUGGUGCUGGCAUCAUAAUAUCAUCAGAGUGGCGGAGGAGUUCAUCUUUGCUGGAAGAGGCACAAACUGCACUCCGAGCACUAGGAAUGCGCGUUCGAGGGGUCACUCCAGUCCUGCGGCCAAGGGAG